AGAGAGGGGGAACGGGAGAGAGCGCAACAGUCCGCCGUCGCCGCCGCCGCCGCCGCCGCGUCCCGAUCGCUCCCUGGGAACGGGGCUGCUGUUGUGUCCGCACCGAGGAAAGGGGCUGGGCUGAAGCAGCACUUGUGUGCGUGUUUGUCCGUAACAGGGCAGCAGGCAGCAAUGCCCCCACACUUUCUCCUGCAGUCCAGGCAGAGCCUGACGUUGUUGCAUAAGUGUUUUGGGAGAGGAGCCCGCGCCUGGGGGAUCGGCGCAGCUGUCAGGAAGGGACCCGGCACCGCCAGAGGGGAUCACAACAGCCGGCGAGCCCGCACCCAGACACCGGGCUGUGCAGCCACGGACAGAUGGCCGGACGCUCGCCUCGGUGCAUUGAGAGGACUGUGCACGACAGUUUGCAGAAAUGGAGCAACUGGGAAGGAAGUCAGAAGAUCUGAGAGUGGCGAUGAUAAAAAGCUCAACAAAUCACAGCAGCUGAAACAAGUCUUCAAAGAAUACGGAGCUGUGGGAGUGGUGUUUCACACUGGGAUAUCUCUGGCUUCACUUGGAAUCUUCUAUCUGGCUGUUUCAAGUGGCGUAGAUGUGACUGCAAUCCUUUACAAGAUGGGAUUUAAUGAAGCAGUCGUGCAGUCCAGGAUGGCAGCCGGUACCAGUACCUUUGUAAUAGCAUACGCUGUUCACAAGGUCUUUGCCCCCGUACGAAUGAGCAUUACCUUGGUUUCUGUGCCUCUAAUAGUGAGGUACUUCCGCAAAAUGGGACUUUUUAAAGCUUCUCCAUCCAAACCAUGAAGAACUAUUGAGGAGUCUCCUUUAAAGAUUAAGGAUGCAAGGAUAGAUAUGAAAGAUAAGUACAGUACAGCAAAACUUACCCAGUUGUCACCCCUCAUGCUGGUUGUUUGAAGUUUGUUGGCAUUAAAUGCUGAAGUUGUCUCAAUUUCCACACCAUGCAGAUGAUGCUAUGCAGGAGGACACUAUGCUUAAUUUCCAGCAGCAGCUGGAUAAAAUUUAAUCCUACUGAGUUUUUUUUUGUGCUGCAAUUUUUGGACUAUGUUCACAGGGCAAUAGUUCAAGAGCCUAUUUUUAAAGUUACGCAAAAGGCACUGUAAUGAUUACAAAUGAUAAGACAAUCUCAAUGGAGGGAACUGAAUUACUUGCUUUGUCAUAAUUCUUGAAAGCUAAGGAAAUUACAUUUCUUUGGACAUGUCAAUUAGAACUGGUAUUUUUUUUAAAAUGUGUUGAUUCAUAAAGACAAUAAUCUGGCUUAGUUAAUAUGAAACCACAUUACUCAUUUCCUACAACCAGUAGUUCUUCAUUUAUGAUUAUUUGAGCACCUCUUUUAGGUUGUGAGCCAAGUACAAGGUUAACAUGUAUUUGGACAAAAGAUUGCGGCUUUUCCUGGUCAUUUUCCUACAGUAAAUUAUUUAUCUGGUACUUAUUAGGGAAAAUUCAAUUGUACUGCAAGUCAAUGUGUCAUUUUCUGAACAUCAAGACAAUGAGAAAAGUCAGGCUGUUUAAAUUUCCCAGUUAACACAAGACAGUUGGUUAGCCAGCUCAAAUUUGGGAGCUUCAAGGUUUAAAGUUCAAUCACAAUGCCAAAUGAGUGCAGUUGGACAGCAGGUUAAAUCAUGAGUAAAGCUUGAAGUAUUCCAUAAGUGAAGCACUAAUUAAAUUAAACACUUGUUUCCAUGAAGGAUACCCUCAGAAUCAAGUUCCUGCAUAUGCACUUGUAUUGAUUUUUUAUUUUAUACAUUUGAAAGAUCUGUAGAUUCUAUUGCAACUUGACAGAAAACUGUCAAUUGACAUAAAUUCAAAUUACUACAGAUUUUUAACUCAUUCUGUAUACUUGUCAUGUAAUUGUCAAAAUUACUUUGACCACAAUCUGUUAACUUGGUCUGGAAAAGGAGAUUUAACAUGUCAAAGUUCAGACCCACAUGGUCAGAACUGGUUGUGCAUAUUUUUAAAUCCACAUUUAACCAUGUUUCUGGUAAUCACUUCAUUGAUACAGGAAAGUGACUGAUUAUAUAGAAGUUCUAGAAAUCAGUAUCAAAAGUUAAAGCACCAAACCCAAAUGUACAGCCUUGUAUUGAUUGAGCUAUUCUUAAUAUGGAAGUUAAGUGUGGUUAAAUUACUAAUUAGCACCCACUGCUCUGGACCAUUGAUCCAGAAACAAAUGAACCCAAAACUGACAGGGAAAUCUGGAAUUUUAAACAUCUCAUUUGUUCUUAGGCUCCAUCUUGUUCACUACUUUUCAGGGAAAGAAAUACUACCUUUACCGAGUCUGGCCAAUAUGCAACUCCAAGACUACCCAGAUGGUUGACUGUCUCAGUUCAAGGACAAUGAGGGAUGGAUAACAUCCCAUCACGUGAACAAAAUAUGCCCCUAUCAAUAUUUAAAGUUUUAGAAAGAAUAACCAAAUUAAAAGUACUGUAGUUGCUAACUCUGGAAAUAAAAUACCUAUUGUUCAAGUCUUUCAGCUAUUAAUAUACAGCCAUUGACCUUCUGAAAUUUCCUGCUGUAAACACACUAGACUUCUUUUGCUGUAUGUUUUACCACUCCUGCACUUGCAAAUCUCUUGGCACAUUUCCAAGGAGAAAAGGCAUGCUGGUUUAUAGUGCAUUUGUGCUAGCAGAUCAUCCUUGUAGGCACCAGCCUGACAAACAUAACACCAAUAACUAACAUGUCAGCAAUUACUAAAACAAAACACCCAGAAGUUUAAAUCAACACUUCCUUUUACCACAACUGAAUCUGCAACUUUGACAGUGGCCUUGAAUUUGCUUUCAUUGGCAAGCCAUCUGUGCUCAUUGUAUGGGAGCAGUGAAGUUCAUACUUCUUCCCUGGGGAAGAUGUAGAAAGAAACUUCAAAGUAGCAGAGCCUUCACAAGGUCAGAAGUCUUACCAGACUAAACUGGAUAGUCAGCCUUAACACUUAUGGAAAUCAUUAAACUAAAAAAAAUAUUUAACCUUAAAUCUGAAUUAGCAAAAGUGUAGUGAAAUCCCUUCAACCUAGUUCCCUCCAUUGAACUAAAUGAAGUAAUCCUAACCUGGCAGGUGAUUCCAGCAAAUUCACAAAGUGAUGGUGAACUCUCAGUUCUACAGUCCCUCACUCAACUAUUGUAAGCAGCCAACUGGACUAAAAUCCUAAGUUACAAGUGGUUACACAGCAAAAUGUUGGCAAUUAAGUGGAGAAACUCAAGGACCCAGACAAUUUUCUAUUAGUAGUUGAUGCAUACAUUCAACAGGAAUGGUGUUCUGGCUUCAAGUUUUAACAAGAGCUAGUAAGGCAGGUCACUGGAAUGGAAAUUACAAGCCUUUAAGGACAGUGCACAAUUUUAAAGGAUCUUUGCAUCUCAAUUGAAUUAAUAGCAAAAAAAACAGUACAGGUCAGUCCAUGAGUUCACUUUCAUCAGCAGAAAGAUUCCAAUGAUUAACCA